AUGUUUUUUAAUUAUUCAAAAGAGAAAAAAUAUAAGAAUGUAUUGUUGAUUUUUUUUUUAUAUAUUAUUUUUUUUGUCUCAAAAUAUUAUAGUGGGAAAACAGUAACAUAUAAUUAUAGCUUAAUUCCUUUUAACAUUAAAACAAAAGAAAGAUCACCUUGGAAUUUUAUCAAAAAUGAUUUGUAUGAGAUAAAGAGGAAGCAAAGAAGAAAAGAAUUACAUGCAUCUGAUAUAGCUAAAACGUUUGAAAAUACAAUACCAGAAGAAUAUAUUAAAUAUAAUAUUCCUGAAGAACCAAUAUAUCCAUAUAUAUCUGUACCUGAUAAUCUGUAUACCAAAAAAUAUAAUGGUAAUGAUAACGAUAAUGUGAACGAUAAACAAGAGAAGGACAAAAAUGUUGCCCAAUUAACACAUGGUCUAAAGAAAAUGUCCUUCGAGGAAUAUAAAAAAUGGAAUGAAGAAAAUAUGAAAGAGAGCCAAGAGUUGCCUGAACCAACAAUAGAGGAUUAUAUUGAAGAUGUGGAAUAUGAGAAAUAUAUACAUCCUGCUUUAAUAAAAAAUGUGGAUGUAAACAAUCCAAGAUACUCACUUUAUUUUUUAAAUGAUAAAAUAAAAAAUGAUCCCGAUGAUUGUGCUACGUUAAAUUGUUUUGAUAAAAAUGAUUUAGAAGAUGAUCUUACCGAAUACGAUGCUGCAUUUAAUGGUAUAGGUCCAUGGCCAUCUACACAAGAAUUAAUAGAACAUGAAAAUAAUAUAGAAUAUGAUAAAACAGAUAUGGAAAUGGAAUAUAAUAUAACCUAUGAUAAAACAGGUUAUUAUGAAUAUAAAGAAAAAUUAAUGAAUGAAGAAAUGAAAGGAAUAAAGAAGAACGAUAUGAACAUAGAUGAUUCAGAGACAUUGCACGAUAGUGCUACUACAAUGCAAAAGGAUCAAAUGGAAGAUAAAGAAGAAAGUAAUAAAAAUUGUAUAAAUAAAACGGAGAUUAAUAAUAAUAAUAAUAGUAAUAGUAAUUAUAGUAGUGGUAAUAAUGAUGUACUUACGAAUAAUGAUUUAUUUUGUCUGUUACAUAAUGAAAAAAAAAUCACGACAAAUGAUGUUAGAAAAUUAUACUAUAAGAAAGAAAUAAAAAAUAUUAAAGAAGCAAAAGAAGAAAUUAUAAAAUGGGAUGAAAGAAAAAAUGUUUCACGUUCCAAAUGGACUUUAAAUAAAGAUGAAAUAAAUUUAUUUCCUCCAUAUGUAAAAAAAUUAUAUUAUGAACAUUAUGAAAAAUAUCAAAAAGAAAAAGAUGAAGAAAUCAAUAAUAUACGCAAAAAUAGUGCAGGUAGUCAAUUGUUUAUGAAUAUGAGAGAGGUAUAUGAUAAUAAAGAGAAUUUAACCUCAUGGACAAAUGAUCAUAUAAACGACAAAAUGAACAAUAUAAGUGAUAUUACAAUUCCUAAUGUUAAAGUUGGUCGUUUAAAUGAAUUAACAAAAUUAUAUGGAAAUAAUCCAUCAUCAAAUGAUAUUAUGGAUGAUAUAAGAAAUAAUAUAAAUCAUAAACCGUUAAAUAAUAUCAUGACAGAUAAAAUAAAUGAUCACAUGAAUCAAAAAUUUCCACAAGAAUAUAAUAAUAAUAAUAAUAAUAUAGAGUCACAAAAUAAAUACACAAAUUUUCGAUUAUUAGAAGAUAAUGUUUUAUAUACAAGAUCUAAAUCUCCAAUCAAUGAAAUAUUAUAUGAGUGGGAUGAUCCUUUAAAUUGUUUAUGGAGGAAAAGAACAGAAGAUGUUAUAAGAGAUGUAAUAAUGUAUGAUUUUCCAUUUAAAGAAUUAAGAAGACCAUCUAAUUUAGAUCUAUAUGAUGUUACAUGGUAUGCAGGUAAAAUAGAUAUCUUCGUUACAGUGGAAGAAGGAAGAAAUUAUAAAAUUACACUCUUCGAUUUAAAACAACUAGUAAAAAAAAUUGCUGAGAGAUUAAAAGAACUAGAAAUUGAAGAUGAAAUAGUUAUUUUGCCAUUCUUUGAAUUAGUUGUAUCUUCUUUGCCAAAAAAAAAUAUCUUAAUAUGUAGAAGAGACUGGAAUAAUAAUAUAGGUAAAGAAGUUGUUGUUUUUUUUAAAGAUAAUAUUCUUCAACCAGUCGAAGGAAUAUUACUAGGAUCGCCAAGUGUAUUUCAUGUAAUUAUUAAUGCUAAUAAUAAAAAAAUAUUAAACUUUGUAAUAAAUAAUAUUGAUAAAAUUGUUUUAAAAAAUACACAGGAUGAAUUAAAAGAUAAUAUUAUUUUAAAAGCUGCAAUAAGUCCAAGUGAAAGUCAAAGUGGUAGUCCAACUGAAAGUCAAAGUGAUAUUGAUAGUGAUAAUAAAAACAUAAAUGAACAAAAUCGUAAAGCUAUAAAUGAAAACUCCAAUUUAGAAAAAGAUAUGAAACAAAUUGAUGACGAAGAUAUAUAUGAUCAAGUAGAUAAUACAUAUGAUAAAGAAAAUAUAAAAAAUGAAUUUAAAGAUAUCGAAUUUGAUGACUUAGACAAAUUAAGAAAUGUUAACAAAACAUCCAAGGACAAAAAUGUUAAUGUAAUGAAAAAUAUUAAUAAUUUGGAUCAGGAUCAGAAUGAUCUAAAUAAUAUUAUAAAUGAGGAAGAUGAGCAAGACGACCAGGAGGCCGAGGAUAAUGACGAAUAUGAUGAUGAUGAUAUGGAUAAUGACAUUGAUAGUGACAUUGAUAGUGACAUUGAUAGUGACAUUGAUAGUGACAUUGAUAGUGACAUUGAUAGUGACAUUGAUAAUGACAUGGAUAAUGACAUGGAUAAUGACAUGGAUAGUGACAUAGAUUCAUAUGACAAUGAUUAUAAUGAUUAUUCAUGA